AUGUUACCACCGCUUCAGCCUCGACCGCGCCAGCAUCCUCACCCGCAUUCAGUGGGCCGCCAUAACGAUCCUGAUGGUGCUAUACGCCUCACUGACAACGAUGCCGCCAUUGCUCGUCUGUCUGCUGUGCAGAGGCACUACCUCGCCGACCCCUUCAUCACUCACUUCGUCCCGCGCGCACACCUACAGCCUGUCCGGCCCCCGCUGAUUAACAUAGGAACUUAUGUUCGGUCCGAGGCACUCGAUGAGCUUGUCGACCGGUGGUUGGCGCUCGCGGAGCAGGAAGGCAAGCCCUGCCAGAUCGUGAGCUUCGGGGCGGGAAGUGAUACCCGCUUCUGGCGCAUUACCGUGCGUGUCCAGGCGGGGAAGAGAAAUAGCUGGCUGAACACCUACAUUGAACUCGAUUUCGCGGAGAACACGAUCAAAAAGGCUAUGGCGAUCCGUAAGAGCAAGGAUUUGAGUGCUAUCCUGGGCAAACCUGAGGAUGUUAAGCUAGCAAACGGCGGAACCAGCCUGCACUCCCCAAAGUACCAUCUGCUCCCUAUAGACCUCCGUUUGCCACCCAAGGAGGCGUUGGCACCCCUGCUCACCGCUCCUUCCCCUGUCUCUUCUACAACGCAGUCCAUCCUCUCACCUUCUCUUCCGUGUCUCAUGCUCUUCGAAUGUGUGCUCGUAUACAUGUCCCCUGCAGCAUCCAACGCACUCAUUGAGUGGUUCGUUGAUUACUUCUCUGACAAUCCUGCGCAGGGCGGCAGCAGUGUCCUUGGCGGAAUAGUAUACGAAAUGUUUGGCUUGGGCGACGCAUUUGGUAAAGUGAUGCUGAAGAAUCUUCAGGCACGCAACGUCUCUCUACCUGGGGUAGACCCGUACCCCACACUGUUGUCACUACCGGAGAGGUUCCUGCAGCACGGAUAUACCGCAUCUCAGGCGCUGACGCUCCGAGAAAUUCGGAGGGCGCAUAUCAGUCGCUCCGAGCUCGAGAGGAUAUCCCAUCUCGAAAUGCUCGACGAGAUCGAGGAGCUGGAGCUAGUGCUCGAGCACUACGCCAUUACCUGGGGACUCAAGCUACCCCCGGAUGGGAGCGGCCUCAAGGCGAAAUGGGAGACGUGGGGUUUGACGGCGAAAGAACAAGAAGAGUAA